CAGCGCCUCGGCUGGAGCGCUAGGAACCGCUACCGGCGCCUCAGUCGCCUUAAUCGCCUCAGUCGCUUCAGUCUCUUCGGACUUCUUAGACUCAGUCUCUUCUGGCUCCUCCGCCACCGCCUGGAUCACACCGUCCCCACUCCCCAUCCCGGCCGGGCCUCCCGCGGGCUGGCCCGCGGACGCGCUCUCGGGCUGUGUCCAGAGAGAGAAGAUCUUCACAUGGUUCCAUAUGGACAGUGUCCUCACCCUCGGGGGAAGCAGGUGGGCUGGCAGGACAGGCGUCCACAGGCCGGGAGAAGGAGACACUCCCAGGUAGUUGUGCUUCAAGACAAAAGUCAGGCCUUCUGUAAAUCACCAGUUCCAGUUAUGAUGCUCUAAGUUACGACAAGUCUGAACAUUUGUGUCUAUGGAUCUGCUCUGACUCUUAGAGCCGCUUAUGGGGGAAGAGCUUCAUCCUGCCAUUUUGUAAAGAAUGCUGGGUGGGGAAUCUGAAGAGCUGGGUCUGUUGUCAGCUUCUUUACUGGUUCCCUGUGACACCAUCUGGGCCCCAUCUAUCCUUCCUCACGGCACCCUUGGCACCUUAACCUACCACCCCCAGCCACAUUUUGGGAGAAAGAUGGAGUCCAAGGUCUCAGAAGGUGGCCUGAAUGUGACCCUGACAAUCCGCCUGCUAAUGCAUGGAAAGGAAGUUGGAAGCAUCAUCGGGAAGAAAGGAGAAACUGUGAAAAAGAUGCGUGAAGAGAGUGGUGCCCGGAUCAACAUCUCGGAGGGAAACUGCCCAGAAAGAAUCGUGACCAUCACAGGCCCGACUGAUGCCAUCUUCAAGGCCUUUGCCAUGAUCGCCUACAAGUUUGAGGAGGACAUCAUCAACUCCAUGAGCAACAGCCCUGCCACCAGCAAGCCCCCAGUGACGCUGAGAUUGGUGGUCCCAGCCAGCCAGUGUGGUUCCCUGAUUGGCAAAGGUGGCUCCAAGAUCAAGGAGAUCAGGGAGUCCACAGGUGCCCAGGUCCAGGUGGCUGGGGACAUGCUGCCCAACUCCACAGAGCGGGCAGUGACCAUCUCAGGAACUCCCGACGCUAUCAUCCAGUGUGUCAAGCAGAUCUGUGUGGUCAUGCUGGAGUCCCCACCGAAAGGUGCCACCAUUCCCUACCGCCCAAAGCCCGCCUCCACCCCUGUCAUUUUUGCAGGUGGUCAGGUAAGAGCCGACCCGCUCGCGGCCUCCACUGCCAACCUCAGCCUUUUACUGCAGCCCCCGCCGCUGCCCGCCUACACGAUCCAGGGACAGUACGCCAUCCCGCACCCAGAUCAGUUGACCAAGCUCCACCAGUUGGCCAUGCAGCAAACCCCCUUUCCUCCCCUCGGACAGACCAACCCCGCUUUCCCCGGAGAAAAGCUGCCUUUACACUCCUCCGAAGAAGCUCAAAAUCUGAUGGGCCCGUCGUCAGGUCUGGAUGCCAGCCCCCCGGCCAGCACUCACGAGCUCACCAUUCCCAAUGAUCUAAUAGGCUGUAUAAUUGGACGCCAAGGGACCAAAAUCAAUGAAAUUCGACAGAUGUCUGGAGCUCAGAUCAAAAUCGCCAAUGCUACAGAAGGGUCAUCAGAGCGCCAGAUCACCAUCACAGGGACCCCAGCCAACAUCAGCCUUGCUCAGUACCUCAUCAAUGCCAGGCUGACGUCUGAGGUCACUGGGAUGGGCGCACUCUAAUCCUGCCCAGCAACCGCCACACCACGAACCCUGGCAUCCACCUGGUUCACACACCCUGUACAGACAGCCCACCCUUCGCCACAAAUACAAAUAGAGGUUUUCUUUACUAACAGAAUGGUCUAUGCCAUAGAGGUUCACACGUCGACAGAGCAAGUCUAUAUCUACAGCUGCCUGUGAGCUGCAGGCCCAUCCCUGACUCCGCUCGCUCAGUAACUCCUGCUCCAGUCUGCUCACACGUCCGCAUGCAGCACUUACUAUGUUCCGUGCUUGGGGGCGUUCCCAUCUAUGACAUUUUAGAGUAUCGUUCCUUAGUGUCAGUAUAACUGUUUUAAGAGUUGGUUUAAACAUUUUGACAGCACAUCCUAUAAGCCGUCCUCUCCUCAACCAUCUAGACCCGUGGCUGCCCCGCCCUCACCUGGCCCCACCGCCCACUUUGUUUCCCCUCGCAGCCUUGCUUGUCUUGGCCCAUGUGUCCAUGCAGGUCUUGUGCUGGAGUCAGGCUGUGCCCUUCCCCUUGUUCUUAGGGAAGCAAAAGAGGGUGCCAGGUCCUGAUCUGAGGAGUGAUGUGAAGGGGGGUGCUAGGCCCUGAUGUCACAGAGAUGUCAUGUGUGGGGCGGCCACACAUGGGCCCUGGGCGGCUUCCGGGUGGUUGGAGGGCAUGGACUGACCAGGAAGCGCCUCAGCACCAUGUCCGAGUUCAAUAAAUGUCGUGGGCUGUCCCCACUGGCUCUGGCUCCU